AUGACGGACGUCUUAAACUCGUUGACACUCAGAAGUAUUCUAAUCAAGUGCCCUGUAUGUUUCCGGCUGUUUGGCGAGUCCAGGGUUCCACAUCGCCUGACGUGCUGUCUCCAGUCUGUGUGCGGACUGUGUCUCCUGGACAACUACGCUGAAAGGACGUUGCAGUGUCCCGUGUGCCGUCAACGACAUCAUCUACCCCACGGCGUGACCUCCCUACCCCCGGAUACUCUCAUACACAAGCUCAUGGAGCAAGAGAAGAUCAGGACCGGAAGUCGUCUGCCGUGCAUGGACUGCCCUGACAACCAGUACGCCGUGUUCAGGUGUGAGGAAUGUUGUGUGUGUCUGUGCAAGGAAUGUCAUAGCGCCCAUGCCAGAAAUAAAUAUUUCCUCAAACACAAGGUUAUGACGUUAGAGGAGCUGAAAGGAAGCACUCUGGACGGAUUCCGGGUCCGACAUGAAUGCAGUGAGCAUCAUCUCUCCCAAAACUUCUUCUGUAAGACCUGCGACGUAGUCAUCUGUGUGUCCUGUACUGUUGAAGAUCACGACAAAGAAAAAGGACACACCGUAGUCCCUGUAGCGGACGCUCAUAAAGACAAGGCCCUGGUCACAGAAGAAAAUAUGACUCAGCUUGAGGACAAGGCUUGGAGUCUGGAGAAGAAAGUUGGAAUGUUGGAGAAAACUGCUGACAGAAUCGUCACGGCUAGACAAGAAGCAAGGCGGGAGAUCUUGACCACAUUUGAUAAACUAUUCGAAGAGCUGAAACUGCGGAGAGCUGUGAUUCUUUCCGAUGUCGAAGAUAAGUCAAACGCGAAUCUGGUGCUGACUGAAGACGCUUUGGAAUCGAAUAGGAUACUUCUGAACCGGGUCACGUUAUCUUCACAGAACAUUAAACAACUCAGAGGACAAGCCGACAAGACGGAGGACCUGCAGCUGAUGGCGUCCUCGGUCGCCUCGCUCACCGCCGUGUUGGAAGAGACGCCACUUGACGUCGACUUUGCAAGUUCGGGUGUUAGCUUUGUACCGGCCAACUCAAGCCACCUGACUUCUACUAUCCAGAUGACAGGGCUUGUGAGAUCGGUUGUCUUUUCCCCUACAAAGAAGCCCAGGCAUGUGCAGGAGGCAGACAUGUAUAAUGCCAUCUCACUGACACCAGUGGAGAUACCACAAGUCAGCUUCGAGGAUGCAUACAUCGGGGGGAAAGCAGGAGUCUUCUCCCCGUUUUUGGAGUGGGAUCCAACCACGGCAAGCAGUGACGUCACGGUAUCUGGAACCAUGGUUACUAACGUCCUACCAGAACCCCCUCUCCGAGACACCGGAAGUCGUCUUAAGGCGCGUCGACACGUGAUGACCUCUAAACCUGUGACCCUUGAACCCUGCCAGUGCGCGCUGUACCAGCUGAAGGUGAGAUUCUCCAUCACUGAGGCUCCGAAGGAGAAUAGUAUGAUAUUUGAGACUGCUCUGACUAGUACCCCUGUCGAUGCCGACUGGUUCAAAUCAAAUGGACUGAGCGUCUGCGUAGUAGCAUGCGAAAACCACGAGGAUCAACUCUGUCUCAAGGUCAUCUAUGACGGCAAAAUUCUAACAGAUGAGCCCCUCCUCGAAAACGAGGCUGGGGAAUCACGUGAUCUUCAGCUAUGUGUCGUACUGGACAACGACAAGAAGAAAAUGCAUAUGGUCGAUGUCGCUGACGCCAGGAUAGUGCGGUCUAUUACUGAUCUGGACCUGGACAAGCCGAUGUGGGUCAUGAUGGCGCUGGCGUCCCCACAGUGGUCGGACGUCAGAGGUCAACUCAUGUCAGGCCAUAACGCCAGACUGACGCCUGACGUCACCAACCUUCUGUCCUCCCUGUGUUGAAGUACACCGGGGUAGGGCAAGUCCUUCACGUUCAUGAGCCCUGAACAUGGAUCAUUACGUUCACUCUCCACUAUCAGUGUUGCAGUAUGUAGUGAGUGAGUGAGCAUGGUUUUACGCCGCUUUUAGCAAUAUUUCAGCAAUAUUGUACACAUUGUACCCGUAUCGGGAAUCGAACCCGGGUCGUCGACGUGACGAGCGAACGCUUUACCCACUAGGCUUACCGACCGCCCCUUUGUAGUAUGUAGAUAUGUAGAGUAGACACAUAUAGUAUCUAUACGGCAAUUUUCGACCUUAUGAAAGUUUAAAGUAGUCCAAUUUAUACACAUUUUUGGGCAUAAAUGAGGAUUAAACUCCACUAAAAAGUACAGUAUAAAAAAUUAUUAAUUUCAAAACUUUGAAACCACAGAUUAAUCCCACCAGACCCCUUGAUAUGCAGUAUUUACAAAAAUACUCAAAAGAUACUCAGUAUUUUUGUACAAAUGUAUUCGUCAAAUAUUGUUAAAAACGCAACAGUGCACGAAAUUGAAAAAUACGUUCAAGGAACAAAUUUCUCCUGUAGAUAGAUUAUUUAUGACAGCAUACUUUUCAGAUGCACUGCUGAUACAAAACCAAUAUGGUUGCAAUACAAAAAUGUAUAUUUUGGUCCCACAAAUGAUAGAUAAUGUAUCAUAAUUAUGUAGUCAGCACUACAUGUAGCCUUUCCGACACAGACACAGAGACGAUGGACCAUGGAAUUGCUGCAAAGUUAAUCAGGUCUGGACUGGUCACAUGCCAGCGCUCAAAUGAGAGUAAAUAUCAUCAGACAACUAAUACCAAUGUUAUGAAUAUCAAAAUAGACAAAAAACGAUCAUUUGUAAUCUCCUGGUUAUCAUUUUCCAAAAUGAUACCUGUCGAGCACUAUAAUGUACACCCCCUUCUUUGGUGGUGGCUAAACAUGAAACAAACAAGAAUGGUAAUUCGAAGGUGAUGUAAUUUAUACGGGUGUCAUAGUUGUGUUUUGGCCCUUCCGCGACUACAGUAAACUAUGGUUAUAACGAACACGCUUAUGACGAAAAUGUACUUUUUUGUUCCGACUAUUUGCUGUAGUUAUGCUGUAUAUAUGCAUAUAACGAACCGUGGCUACAACGAACUAAAAUUAGUGGUCCCUUUGAGUUCGUUACAACCGUAGUUUACUGUAUGUUCAGCCUUAUAACGUUUUGAUAUGGUUUAUCAUUUAUGGUCAAUUCCUAUUUUCAAUUUCUUUCAGAUCUCCCUUAAAGAACUUAUACAAUAUUAUUUCAUCUCCAAAUGUUUAACCCUUAUAAGCUGCAAUCUAGAAGUGUAGGCUUCCAUGUUUUGUUCUCUAUCGGUAAUUGUAAAUUAAUUCAUCUAACACUUAUACAUA